CCAGCACCUGGGAAGAGUCUGGGCUUCGCUACGAUAAAGCUUAUCCCGGGGACAGGAGGCUGAGGGAUUUUUGCCAAGCCGGACCAUGUUAAGAUGGCAUAUCCAAAGACUCAGCUCCAGCAUUCACUGCCUUUAUCAUUGAUUUGUGACAAUCUCCGUGACCCUGGGAACCUGGGGACAAUUCUGAGAUCCGCAGCUGGGGCGGGCUGCAGCAAAGUGCUACUCACCAAAGGCUGUGUGGAUCCCUGGGAGCCCAAAGUGCUCCGGGCGGGUAUGGGCGCACAUUUCCAGGUGCCCAUUAUCAAUAAUCUGGAGUGGGAAACCGUGCCCAAUUACCUGCCCCCUGACACCCGGGUCUAUGUGGCUGACAACUGUGGCCUUUAUGCCCAGGCUCAGAUGUCUAAUAAAGCCAGUGACCAUGGCUGGGUGUCGAACCAACGGUUGCUGAAGUUUCAGAAGUAUGAAGAAGAGGAAGAUGUAGAAACGGGAGCCAGUCAAGAUUGGCUGCCUGAUGUUGAGGUUCAGAGUUACGACUCGGACUGGACAGAGGCGCCGGCAGCUGUGGUGAUUGGCGGGGAGACCGACGGCGUGAGCCUGGAGUCCCUGCAGCUGGCCGAGAGCACUGGUGGCAAGAGGCUGCUGAUCCCCGUUGUGCCUGGUGUGGACAGCCUCAACUCGGCCAUGGCGGCAAGCAUCCUGGUUUUCGAAGGGAAAAGACAGCUGCGGGGGAGGGCGGAGCACUUGAGCAGGGACAGGAGUUACCACUGAGAAGGACGCAGAAGUGACUCCUGCUUCAGGACGUCUCCAGCUCCUCCUACACCAGCACACGGGUUGGAGGCUGGCAGAGUCAGUGACUAUGGCCCCCAUGUUCAGGGGGCAGGUGUGAUGCGUCACACGGUUAUGGGAAAAAUAAGAACUUCCUCAGAAAGAACAGGUCCAAAUUCUUCCCAUCGCGUCACUGAUUUCAAGGUUCUAUCUUUUUUCUCUUGGUGACCCACGUGGCUCUGUGUGUUUUUAAAAAUUGUCCACCAGGAGCACUUCGUGCCCAGAAAGUUCCUGAAGCAUCAACGUGGGCAGGGAGGCGUCCGCUCCGCCAGCUGGUGGGUGUUUGUCAUCAACCUGGGCAGGGAGGUGUCCGCUCCACCAGCUGGUGGGUUUGUCAUCAACCUGGGCAGGGAGGCGUCCGCUCCACCAGCUGGUGGGUGUUUGCGAUCGUCAAGCACCAGUUACAGGUCACAGCCACGUCACUCACAGAUGAUUGUUGGUCGGUGGAAAAUAAACUAUGAGCAGCGGAUCACGUUAAA